GAACAAGAAGAAGCGCGUAACGUAGUAUUCUGCCACUGCCGCGAGUAUAUAGUCACUUGUAGGAAUCGUUCGACGACGUCAGGGGUUCGACAUCUGUUCACGGAUCUUGUAUAAGCGUGCGCGUGCGUGUAUUUGUAUUAACGUACGUGCAAGAAAAACCGAGAGGGACAACAGGCGAAGAGGGGCAAUAAAAAUAAAGAGAGAAAAGGAUAUAAAAAGAAAUUAAGAACGAAGUGGAUACAGUGUCGAUUGCGUUGCCUGCUGGUCCGAUUUAUGCAAAAUCUCGUGCAUAACGUGGAUGUAUUGACGCAAGGAUUAAAAUACAGUAUAUCAGGACUAAUGAACCUCGCAAAUCAGACUACUGAUCCUCAAAGUCGUGUUUUCUUUGUUAACUUCAAUCAGGAUUGCACAUCUUUGGCCGUAGGAUCGAAGGCAGGUUGUAAAAUCUUUUCUUUGUAUUCUGUUGAUAAUCUUGAGAAGAUAUACGAAAAUGAUACUGAGGAUGUUUAUAUCGUUGAGCGAUUAUUCAGCAGUAGUCUUGUGGCAGUGGUCAGUCUAAGAUCACCUCGUAAACUGAAAGUAUGUCACUUCAGGAAAGGCACAGAAAUUUGCAACUACAGUUAUUCCAAUACUAUUUUGGCUGUUAAACUGAACAGAGCAAGAUUAGUAGUAUGCCUCGAAGAAUCAUUAUACAUUCAUAAUAUAAGAGACAUGAGGGUGUUGCACACAAUCCGUGACACACCACCCAAUCUAGCAGGCCUGUGUACACUAUCGAUAUUUAGUGAAAAUUGCUAUCUAGCUUAUCCAGGCUCAAAUACAAUCGGUGAAGUUCAAAUAUUUGAUGCAAUUAAUCUCCAAGCUAAAACAAUGAUUCCUGCACACGAUAGCCCAUUGGCAGCACUUGCAUUUAAUCCUAACGGUACCAAAGUAGCCACCGCUUCCGAGAAGGGUACAGUAAUUAGAGUCUUUCAAGUUCACGAUGGUACAAAACUAUUUGAGUUCCGGCGUGGAGUUAAGCGGUGCGUGUCCAUAAGCAGCCUUGCUUUCAGUAUGAACUCGAUGUUCCUUUGCUGCUCGAGUAACACAGAAACGGUACAUAUUUUCAAGCUGGAGGAGCCAAAAGAAGCAUUAAAACAGACAACGGAGGAAUCUCAAACUUGGAUGGGAUAUUUGACAAAGGCCGUAUCUGCCUCAGCUAACUAUUUGCCUUCUCAAGUAACCGAUGUUUUCAAUCAGGGACGUGCCUUCGCCAGCGUCCAUUUGCCAUUUCAAGGAUUAAAAAAUGUUUGUGCCAUCACAGUCAUACACAAAGUACUUAGGUUGUUGGUGGCUAGUGCCGAGGGUUACUUGUAUAUUUACAAUUUGGAUUCAACUGAAGGUGGUGACUGUACAUUGGUUAAACAACACAGAUUAGACGGCAAACAGGACGAAGUGGACUGUGCUAGUGUCUCCACUGCUGGAUCAGGUUCUGGAGAGAACUCUUCAGGAACCACUGCGCGUAUAGUACAAAAUACAGCCUACAUAAAUAGCUACGCGGGUGUGUUGCGCGGCCGCUCGCCAGACUCCAUGUCAGAGUCAGAGAAGUAUCACGAGAUGAUUGCAGCGACUGAGAGUCCGCCAGGAUUUUCGGGUUCGUUCCGGUUGAAAGACGACACCGAAUUCCCUCCGGUCACGCAGAGGACGGAUUGAGUGCAGAGCGCGCGCACAAGGCAUAUCAAAAUAUUUCCGACAAAGUUGAUUGUGAGAAUCGUAUACUGACAGUAAUUGAAAAUUGAAGAAAUGAAAGACGACAGGUACAGGUCGAAAAUCCAUAACGAGUCGCAGGAAUCGAAGGAGCAAAUUCUUUUUUAACGAAAUCGUCGCGAUGGGAGGAGACUCGUAUAAGUUACAUAAAAUAUUGUAUACCUUAGAUGUUCACGUCAUAUCCGAAGAUAACGAACUUGGAAUAAUUGUUACAUUACUUUUGGUUACACGGAUCAGUAUUUUACAUUAGAACCCUUUUAUUAUUGUCAGAGAGCAUGCUGUUGAAUUCUCUUACAAUUAGAGGAAGCCGUAGCAAUUCAACGAAGAUUACACGGUUUCCGCUGCCGUGCGUAAAAGAAAUAAAAAUAUUCGAGGUACUCGGUCGAGCCGAGGUAUGCUUGGGAAGAUUUAGCAAGAUUGUUUAAUGAAAAUUUACGUGGAAGACAGUACGUAGUAGGUCUUACGUAUUUUUACUGUUAUUUAGUUUGGAACAGUGAUCAUACGAUGGAACGCUGCAUAUGUUAGACGCGUCGUUAAAAAAAAAAUUCUUUUAUACAUGAUAUUUCCCGAGUUGAAAAAAAAAUAAAUAUUGUGUGCUAAUCUUUUUAUUCGAUUACUGUAAUUGUAUUAAUUGUAAUUAUACGUAUAUUGUCAUCUUCUGUGUUCAGUGACUAAUAAAACAUUCUUAUUCUCUUAAGAAACGAUGUAAAGAAAACGAAGGUUUGCAAGGAUUAUAAAUUGAUAUUUUGAGAAAAGUGUAAUACAGGUUUUUAAAGGACUUUUUUUAAAAAUGAAAUAUUCUGAAAUAUUUGUGAUAACGUAUACUUCAUGUUUUCUCUAUAUAUAUGAAACAGUUCAUAUAUUAUGCAUAUAUAUAUAAAAAUAUAUAUAUAGUGUAAACGUGAAAGUAGAUUUAUAUAAUUAUGUAAAAUAAAAUGAACUUUAUGCUACUCUAUUCUCGAUUCAGUUUAAAAUCACUUGAUUCUAUUACUGUUGACAAAAAUUAACAAGACUAUAGUGAUUAAAUCUGAUUUAAAAUCAAGAAAAAAAGAAAAAAAAAUUAUCCGAGUUAUCAUAAUUAUUAGUAUAACGAUAGAAUUGUUAAAUGUAGCAUGUGUUAAGUUUCCGUCUUAUACGAAACAUGACAUUUAUCUGUUCUCCACUUGAUCAGACCCUACUCAAUAAUUUUUCUAUAUUCAUAUAUAUAUAUUAUAUAUAUAGAGAGAGAGAGAGUAUCAAACGUAACUUGAAAAUUUAUUAUACUCCUGUAUGUACAGUAAGAGAUAAUAGCAUUUGUGCAAGUCGAUCAGAAAUUCCAAAUCGUUUUUUCUAUACUCUGUCACAUACUUUUCGUUAUGUCCUCUAACACAUAUACUUUGCUUGCUCUCUUUAUGUAUUCUAUUCUCUAUUUUUUAACAUUAAACGAACGGAGGAAGAUCGAUAUAUUCAUCGAAAUGUUUGUAAUUAAAAAAAUCUUUGUACAUUGCAAACUUUGUGUUGUCUGUAACCUUGUUUGUAUCCCCCCUUGACUUUCUAAUUUAUACUUACCCGACGAAACGAAUCUUUCAUAAUUUUCGAUUUUUAUACAUUCGUGCCUCUCGCGAUGCCACUUACUUUCUGUCCUCUUCUUGGGAUCUUCUCACUUCCGGUGUAACAGAAUAUUUUCUCUCAGUCGUAUGAUCUUUGUUUAAGGAUACGGACAACACGUAUCGACGAAAACGAUAUGAUAGAAACGAAUGAAUUAAAUAAUUUACGUGAUGCAACUGUUAAAAAAUACGGAGACAUUGCGCAGUACCACGUCUUUCGGUGCUUUUCUACGAACUUAACGUCUUGUUUAGUAAAUAAUUUUAAUUUUAUAAAGAUAAAUAAUAAAUAUUAAAGAACUGUACAUAUGCAUAUACAUCGUGAAUCAUUAAUGUGUAGCGUAUUGGUGUAUAGUUGAAAAAUUUAAAUUACUUACAGUUUAAAACAAGACGCUGUGUUUCGCGAGUCGUACGAAAGUUUGUAAUAAGUGCUGUAUAAAUACGUAAAAGAUAAUUUUAGCUAAUGGCAAUCGAACAUUUCGACAUUGAUCAAUGUAAUCGAAUCAUUUUAGAAUGUAACUCCGAAAAUGAUUAUUAAAUGAUACUAAGAAAACGCUA